AUGGGCCCUAGCGCCGCCGGCCUAACCAGCACACGCGGCGCACCCCGCCCAACAUUCGCCCCCGCACCCCCGCGCGCGGCCGUAGGCGCACAUGGGCAUAGCUUGACGCCGACAAUGGUCAAGGCGGAGAAGCGCGGUGGUGUAGAGGCGAGACAGCCGGACGAGGAUGAAGAGACGUAUUCGGAUCAGGAGGAUGGGGUUGAGAUUAUCGAUAUUCAGAGGGUUAGGGAGAUGGAUUGGAGUGCGCCGGAACCGUUGAGGAAGGAGAAGAAGAGGGACAAGAAGAAGGAUAAGAAGGUCAAGGCUGAGGAUGCGCAAGUGAAGACGGAGAAGGGAAAAGAAAAAAUGGAGGUCGACGAUGAUGAGGGUACACCUGUAGGGGACGAAGCGGAUGUCGAUGCCGCGAACGCUCUGAAUCUGAGCGAAAGCGAAGAGGAAGAAGAGAUGGAAGAUCUUAUCGAAGACUUCCGCGCCAGGACAGACCAAGAUACAUUCGAUGCGAACGAAGAGCGCAAACUCCUACUCUUCCAAUUCCCCGAACCAUUCCCAAUCUUCACCGGUCGACCACCAACACCACAUCCUCAAGCCGCAGCCACACCCAUCGCCGAUCCCAAAGGUAAAGGCAAAGCAGCCGAAAAGAAAGGUGUCUCCUUCGCACAGGGUACCAAACCCGGCCAACCUGCAAAAGCGCCCGUCGAGGAAGCCGCACCGGAAGAGCAAGAGUACUUCGACGGUGUAAUCGGACAGCUAGAAGUACAUCGCAGCGGUGCAGUGAAGAUGCGUCUAGCAAAUGGCAUCGUAAUGGAUGUCACCGCCGCAACACAACCUUCGUUCCUCCAACAAGCCACCCAUGUAGACCACAAAUCCAAACGUCUCCACGUCCUAGGCGAAGUCCACCGCCGUUUCGUCGUAACACCUGACCUCGACGUCUUACUCACCGAGAUGGCCAAACUUGACGCUGGGGUCGAUCUCGAUGAUCCGGCUCUACAGAUGAUCUCCAUGGACGACGCAUAG